GGGAAGGGCGCAGCGAAAGGGGCUCUCGGCUGAGGCCUCUGGGUGCCCGGAGGGGCCUGACGCCGGCAUUCCUCCUAGCCUUGGGCGGUAAAAUUGGCUGGGGCAGCCCGCAGGGUGGGGCGAGCAGAAUUGCCUCAGGGCCGCGUUGGGUGCCUGGAGGCAGAUGGAGGUGGCGGCUCCCUCCGAAUGGCCAGCCUGAGGCGCCUCUGGGCUUGACACCUCACCCCGAGCCGGAGGGGCAAUCUGAGCCCGGGUGGCAGCGGCAGCAGCAGCAGGGGAGGCGAGGCGUAGACAAAAGGAAUGGCAUGGCUCAGUCUAGCAUUGCCAAAGCUGACUCAACCUGCUCUAGGAGAUUCCACCCACUCAGUAUUUUUUCCGGUUUUUUACCCCCACAAUACCACGCUAUCUCUAGAAGCGCUUUCAGUCGUCACCUGGAGAGACUGACAUCGAAUCCUAGAGGGUUCGAUAUCGCCCAGUGAGUGGGGUGAUGAAGAGGCAGCAGGCUCUAGUUGAGGCUGCUCCAGAGACUCCAUGCUCGCAGUUCGCCUCCAACUUUGGGGGAAUUGCCCUUUGUUGGCCUGACAAAGAGCACAAGUAUAAUUCUGAGAAUUCACCACUUUAUCAGUACUUACAAGACUUGGGACACACUGAUUUUGAAAUAUGCUCAUCAUUGACACAAAAGCAAGAAGGAUGUACAUCCGAAGAGGGACAGAAAGACAUGGCUGCAAGUGUUGUUCAGCAGCAAGACAUCCUGUCAAACCUAGCUAAGAGAUUUAAAGGUUGGCUUCCUUUUUUACCUUUUAAGAAAAAAGAUGACCUCCUCCAUCAAUUGGAUGUUGGUUUUCGCUGGGAAGCUCUCUGCACUGUACUGCAACAGGAAGUCCUGCUGCAGGAGGAUGUUGAACUGAUUGAGCUGCUUGACCCCAGUAUCCUGUCUGCAGGGCAGCCCAAGCAACAGGAACAUGAUCAUCUUCCAACACUGCGCUCCCUAGCAACUCCUAAUAUUUGGGAUAUCGCAUUACUGUUUGCCUUCAUCAGCAUACUAUUUAUGCUUCCUUCAUGGUGGAAUGGAUCCAUUGGACUGGUAUGGGGAGGAGGCCUGUUUGUUUACAUGUGUGUGCGAGCUUUGGACACAUUAAGGACAGCCAAGCUGCAAAUGUCCCUGAAAAAAUGCCAGCUGCAGCUAGAAGAAACAGUGGCUAAUUGCCGAACUUUCACUAACCUUGUGAGGAAAGCUCUGCGACUCAUUCAAGAAACUGAAGUCAUUUCUAGAGGAUUUACUCUUUUGCUUGACAGGGUCAGUGCUGCUUGCCCAUUUAAUAAAGCCGGACAGCAUCCUUGCCAGCAUCUCAUUGGUCUUCGGAAAGCUGUGUAUCGAUCAGUGAGAGCCAACUUCAGAGCUUCAAGACUAGCUACCUUGUACAUGUUGAAACACUAUCCACUGAAUUCUGAGAGUGACAAUGUGACAAACUACAUCUGUGUGGUACCUUUUAAGGAACUGGGCCUGGGACUGAGUGAAGAACAAGUAUCUGAAGAAGCAGCACAUAAUUUCACAGAUGGCUUCAGCCUGCCUGCUCUAAAGGUUUUAUUUCAGCUUUGGGUAGGGCAAAGUUCUGAAUUCUUUAGGCGGCUAGUUCUUCUGCUGUCCCCCUCCAAUGCAUCCCCCAAGACCCAGAUUACUCCAGAAUGUUUGCCUCUUUGCAUCUUUUCUGAUGUGACCCAAGGUCUGCCUCAUGCUCAUGCUGCCUGCCUAGAAGAGCUUAAACGAAGCUAUGAGUUUUAUCGGUACUUUGAAACACAUCAUCAGUCUGGUUUGGAACGUUCAGUCAAAACAGAGCAAAAAUCAGGAGAACUAAACCGUCUUCAUACAGCAGUGCGGAGUUUGCAGCUUCAUCUAAAGGCCUUAUUGAAUGAAGUAAUAGUUCUUGAAGAUGAACUUGAGAAGUUUGUUAGUUCCAAAGAAAGCCAAGGACUAACUUUGGAGGCCUAUCAGGUUGCAGAGAAGAAACUGAAACUGAUUCAGCCUCACAUGCAAGCUAGCAACAGCUGUUGGGAAGAGGCCAUUUCUCAGGUGGAGAAAAUGGUUCGAAGAAAUCCAGACAGAAAAGGCAAACUGGAACCAUCAUGUGAAAACAAGCGUUGCACCAUGAUACCUUUACCACAGCCUGCCAUGCAUAUAGAGGACAAAGACCCAAUCCCUGAAGAGCAGGAAUUUGAAGCAUAUGUUGAUGAUACAGAUAUAGACAGCGAGUAUAAGAGAGAUGACUUUUAUUACUUUUCCCUGGAAGACAGAGAGAGGCAAAAACGUGAGAGAGAGGAAUCCAAACGAGUGCUGCAGGAACUAAAAUCUGUAUUGGGAUUUAAAGCUUCAGAGGCAGAGAGGCAGAAAUGGAAGCAGCUUCUGUUUAGUGAUCAUGCUGCAGUGAAAUCCUUGCCUGCUGUAGAGCCAGAGGAACCCCAGGAUAUUUUGGGGUUGCCUGAGAAUUCAGAUUUGGGCAAGCCAGACAAUAGCAGAACUAAUGAUAACAUGGAAGAGACAGUCUCUGGUCCAAAAAUUCAAGCCACUGAUGAUGAGAGAAGUAGGACGGAGUACUUGUUUGAUGGGCCUGGCAGGAGUGAAAAUGACAUUGCUGCUAAUGCUGAAACACCAGAAAUGGAAAAAAGAACAUGUUACCAGUGCAAUGGAGAAGGAGAGGAAUCUGAGCCAUCUGGUGUAGAUGGAGCAAACGUGUUGCAGCCACCUGACAGAGAAGCACUACAAACCUCCAUCAAGCAGAGACUGGCUGAGCUCCAUAGAGAAAGAGAUUUAAAUUUCACAUCUGGCCUAGCAGCACAAGUUGCUGCCAGGUCACUCACAUUUACAACCAUGCAAGUGCAAACAUUUGGAGAUGAGGAGGAGGAGGAAGAGGAAAUACAGGAGAAUGAAGACUUUUUUGAAAAAAACAAAGAUGAAGUGAAUAACUGAAAAUAAAGGAUUAUAGAACCCACCUAAGCUUUCCCUUGCCUAUCUGAACACCACAGAAGGCUAGUGAGGAAACUAAAGCAAUGCAGGGAAAGAAGAUUUUAAAACCAUGAUAUCAGAUGGGCUUUACUAGUCUUUUGAUAAUCUAUAUACACAUGCAACUAUAAACUAGACUCAAGGCAUAUAAUAUGGUUUCUACAGGUACCAUUAAUGACUGUCUGACAUUUCUUUUAAUAAGUUAUCUUUAUUUAUUUAUAUUAUAAAUCUGUUUUCCUAAAAAGAAGAGAAAGUUGUCUAAUUUGUUGUUUACUGAAUGCUGAUUAUAAUAGCAACAAUUAUAAAACUACUUGAAAUUGUUCUUUUGCAAGAACGUAAAUGAUACCAUAUGUGUCUCCCUGUCAGCUCAGUUGCUCUGUAAUUUCUGCUUUAUAUUACUUAAUCACCUGGGCUUUUGGUUUGUCAGAUUUGCAGCCUAAGACAUGGAAUGUUUAAUUUAAAAAAUGAAAGCCAUAGUUGAUACACCUGGGGUACUAAUCUUAAACUAAUAUAAAGUUGCUAGCAAGAGGUUGUAAAGCAAAAUUACAUAUUCUUCGCAUAUGUUCUUUACUUCUGAAGAAAAUGUUGAAUCUUUAAUGUAUGUCCAGUGAUUUCCCCAAACUCUAAACACAACCAAACUGUCUAAUGUAAUACAGUGCACCUCUUCUGGAAGUAGAGGAAAUAGGUUGUACAGGUCGAGCCUCAGGUAUUUAUUUCUGUUCAUUUCCUUGUGUAAGUGAAAACAACUUUGCUUCUGCAGCAGAUACUAACUGGACCUGGGGACCUUUCUUUUCAGUGCCCCCCCCCUUUUUUUGCAUGGGCUUACAUAGUCUGAGAGUUCCUGUAUCAAAGGUAACUCAGAUUCUUGUUCCAUUGUUUCAUUUUCUGUCUGGUCUAAAAGUACAUUUUCAUAUGCCUUGCUUUAGUAGUUCCUCCAUCAUUAAAAGGAAUGAUUGUUUUAGCUGACUCUCCUGAAUGCUGAAGGUGGCACUGGGCAUCUCUUGAGGUAUAAUAUGAGGGUUGCAGCUUCACUAGCUACAACAUGUAAAAUGGUACUGCAUUAUUAAGCAUUUUAGCACGAAAUUCAAUUGGAGCUGAAGAUGGGUUAUUAACAGGAUCAGUUAUGAUGUAAACUUUCUAAGGUACUUUUACAUUGUUUUGUGCAGCUUCAGAAAACACACACACAACCUUCAUUAGUAAGGGAUUUCUUCUUCAUGACACUAUAGAUAAAUGGCAACAUUACCUGUAUUUGCUUUAGAUUCUUAACCUGAGGAUACAGCUGAUGUAAGUUGUUUCCCAAGGGUAAUGUUGAAGCAUAUGCAAAUACCUGAAAGCAUUUACAUAUGCCUCAAAAUUACCUGAAGUUUGUGGGAAUCUUAGCAGGCACAGCAUUAUGAUACCAAACAUUCUACCACUUAGAAUGUUUUUUUUCAGUUUCAACUUAACACACUGUCAGUAUAUUGAAAUCUAAUGUGUGAAUGUCUAACUGCACAACUAUAGGGGAGCUUAAAUAAAAUAACAAAAGCUGAUUUAGAAGAAUGUCAUAUGAAACACAUUCUACAUAUGCAUCGCAAGAGAAUAGCCCAUCAACCCAGUGUAUCGGGACAGAAAGGAGGGGAAAAUGCUCUUUAGCUAGCAGGCCUGAGAAUAGAGCAAAUGCUUAGGACAUAGGUGGUCUGCCAGCCAAAUGUCCUGUGGCUCACCAGGUGCUUAGAAACCAGUACUCAACCACCAGAAGUUUUGUCACUUCUUAUGGGACUUCAAAAAUGGGUUUUAUCUAGCACCCAGAAGGCGGCAUUCAGUGCAGAGGGACUAAACAUUCAACAAUGCAGCAGGGAAAUGCUGCAGUGCAAACCCAAUUUAAAAACAGGUUGCUUACCUGCAAUCUUUCUGGUGAUCCAUGUUCACUCACAAAAUGGGUUCUGUUCCUGCACAGUAACCCCUGUGGAAGAAUUCAGUAGCUCCAUGAGGCGUUCUUUGGCUCCGCCAAAUCACAUGCAUGGUGUGACCAUUAUUUUCAGCAAGAGAGUGCCUUCUCUUCAGUUCCUGAUCAGCCACUGCAAUGAGCGAAGAAUGUGGAUGGACAAAGUCCAGGCAAAUCUUUAUUACUGUGGAAGUAUGCUAGCAGCCGGGUAGGCUGGGCAGGUGUUAUGAGUGAACAUGGAUCACAGAAAGAUCCCCUAUUACAGGUAAGCACCCUGUUUAUCUUUGAGGUGCUCCAUGUUCACUCACAAAAUGGGUGAUUAGUGAGCUCACCUGAAUAGUGGUGGGUGCUAUGAUAUGGUUACGGCACUUUUUCAAGAACCGCCCGACCAGAAUUGGUCUCCACCACUGAGCAGAUGUCCACAGCAUAAUGUUUAACGAAGGGAAGAUCUGAGGCACACGUAGGUGCUUUGCAAAUGUCUGCUAUGCUAAUGCCCAGCAUGUGGGCCGCUGUCGUGGCCAUAGCUCUAUUGGAAUAUGCCUUGACUUUUGAAGGAGAUUGGACAUCUUGUUUGUUGUGACAUAUGAGAACUAGUUCCAUGAGCCAAUGUGAUAGUCUCUGUCUAGAUAUACAGGUUGUCCUUUUUUUCUCCCCCUUGUAGGAUAUGAAUAGUUUAUUGGUGUUUCUGAAUGGCUUUGUUCUCUCAGUUUAAUAAAGUAGAGAUCUCCUGACAUCCAAGGAGUGCACGGAUUUCUCCAGAGGUGUAGAAGGGUUGAAGAAAAAGGUAAGACAACAUCCUGUUCUCAAUGGAAUUCCGAGACACUUUUUGGUCUGAAGGAUGGAUCUGUCCUUAGAACAAAUUAGGAUAGAACUUAAUUUAAGGGGAGUCAGCUCAAAUUGCUGUCAGUUUGCUGACUCUCCUUGCCCAUGUAAUGAAAACCAAGAAUGCAGUCUUUAGAAAUAGGUACUUCAUGGAGGAGGAAACUAGUGGCUCAAAAGGAGCCUUUGUAAGUGUAGCUAAAACUUAAAGGAAAGACUCCAAGUUUCAAUGGGCUCUUUACUGGUGGAAAUAGGUUAUUGAUUCCUUUAAGGAAUCUCUUUGAGUCUGAAUACACAGUGCAUCCGUCCACUGAUCUUUGUGCAGAGAGUGCGGCCAUGUGAACCUUGAUGUAAGCUUUAUGUUCAUCGGGUAUAAGAGGAUUUGUUGUAUAGAGGCAUUGAGAUUUACAUAUCAGGUGGUAUAAAAAUAUGAUCGAUAAAUACAUUGUAUGGAUCAAAGCCCUUGGUAGUUGCAUAGUGCAUGAACCUCUUCCAUUCGCAUUUAUAGUUCUUCCUGGUUGACACAUUCCUUUGUUCAGGAGGAUGUCUAACAAUUGAGCUUCCAGGCAGUUAGGUUCAGUAUUUGGAGGUUGUGAUGGAAGAUGUGGCUUGAUCAUUGCAACAGGAGCUUUUGGCGUUGUGGAAGACACUGGUGGUGUUUUUACAGUCAAUGAACUACUGUUGGUUCUACUGACAGUAUAAAUUUGCUUCUGCAGUUGGCAAUGGUGUAAGCUUGUAGGAAAGCAACAUUUUCAACUGGGAAAGGAUCUGAGGGAUUUUCAGUUUGAAUUGAAUCUCCCUCAGAGAAAGAAGUAGAAUCAUAUUCCCCAUCAGAAUGUUCUUUCUGUUUUUCAGGUGACUUCUCUGGAGCUGGAGAAUGGUGUACAAUCUCUAAGCCAGGUGCACAAAAGUAGAAGUCUUUUGUACCUCCUUUUCAAGGGGGGAAGUUGCAAACUUUGGUCUUUUGACAGGGGAGUUGGCAAUGGGUUUAGAUGAGAGCCCUUGCAGGGGGACCCUUUCCAAAUCACCCCUUAGUUUCAUGGAUUACAUGGUAAUGGCCAAAUCAUAAGGUAGGCCAGGUAAUGGCAAAAAAAUAAGGGUUCCUGUAGUGUCCGCAGCCUCUUCUAUAUCUUGGGUCUAGGACCCCUGGAGAGCUCUAGUAGUCCAUAGGUCUUGUCAUGGACGAGUAGUGAGGAGUUGAAUGCUGGUACCUUUCUCUCCAGGGGUAGGAGGGAAAACAAUGAGGAGUUGCUCUCGCAGGAGAAGCUGAGGAAGCCUUAGGGACUGGAGCAGCCUCUGAGCCCUCAUCACUAUCCAGACCAUGCAUAGAAAAGCCUCUGAAAGUGAGGCUUAAUGGGGUGGUAGUUGUGGAUCCCAUCAGAGACUCCAAAUUCCUCUCAGGGGAUUUCUCAUGUAGAAGUGGGGAUGUCUAUCUUGAAGAGAGACGCCUUCCUCUGCUGGAGUCAGACUCAUUUCCAAGGGUUGAGCGAGUUGGAGAAGUCUCUAGUGAGAAAUCUAUUCUGAUGGGUGACAUCAUUGAAUCUCUGGUCUUAGUAAGGGUUGCCGAAGUCCUGGCUAUCGAUGUAUGUCUGUGUGGCUACUGUAGCAGACUGGAUCGAGCAUGAAGUCCAUGAUGACAGUGGAGUAGACUUAGUGGAGAUUUUUGGUAUCAAAGUUGGUGUCUAUGUUGGUGUCUAUGUCCCGAUGUCAAGGGUCUUGUAGUAUCCAAUGUUGAGGGUUUCGCAGCAUUUAGUGUAUCUUGGCUUUGUCACCUGCCUUGCAUUGUGGAUGGGGAUGGUGUAUGCUGGGAUUUCCCUGACAUCAGUGUUGAUUUCAAAGUCGUCUUCAAUGCUGUAAACAUGUUGUUGGGGGAAGUCAAAGUGCAGCAGUGCUUUGAGCCCAAGGGGCUCAGCGAGUCUCUUGUGGUGUUGACAUUGAUCUCCCUUAUCAAUGGCCAUAGGUUUCUUAAAUAUUGAGUCCCCAUGAUCUUUUUCAGAUGGAGGAGGUCGAGUCACUAAACUCAAGGAGACCUCUGACAUCGACUUCAAGCCCGAGGGUUGACAUCGAUCUCGCCGACAUCGAUGGGCUCGGCAUUAGAGUUUAGGGUCAGAGGAUGGUCUUGUAUAAUCCUGCUCUUAGAUGGAGUUCCCUGCUCUUCUGUGUUUGCUUUAAGAAAGACAAACAGAUUUUGCAGGAACUCACUUGGUUUCCCGCAGGCAAAUCAAGCACUUCUGCUUGUCAGAGGAAUGCAGUGUUCCUCUACAGGUGGCAGACCACUUGAAAGUUUUUAAAAGUCCAUUAGAACCAUAAUUGAAAUAUAAAGACUUAAAACAGAACCGUUGUCUGAAAGCCAGGAAUUUCUCUAAUAGAAGAACAGUGAGUCAAAAACUGAAAGAGAAACCAAGAAACAGUCCAAAGAUCAAAGCCAGAAUAAUCUAAUAAACCUAUUUCACACAGAAACCUGGAAAUGAACGGAGCAAAUCCUUCACGACGCAAGAGGCGUGGCUAUUGAGAAGGAACUGAGUGAGGAGAAGGCACUUUCCCAACACAAAUAACGGUCUUACCACAUGCACAAUUUGGCAGAGCCAAAGGGUGCUUCAUGGAGCUAUUGAAUUCUUCUGCGGGCGUUACUGCGCAGGCGCAGAACUCAUUUUGUGAGAGAACAUGGGUCACCUCAAAGAUAGCUGAUUACUUCAUGUUCAAUAUUGAACAUUGUCAGCUAAGAUGGAAAUGUUGCUGAAUGAUGUUUUCCUUGGUUACAAAACACAAUAAUAGAAUGAAAAGUCAUAGUGUAAUAGCAUGAACUGGGUGAACUGGAGACAAUGCACAAUUUUAAAAAUAGAUUAGAUUAGAGCUGAUUUGUAUUGGUAAUAAGCUCAGCAACUGCCAAGUUUUCCACUAGUAUUAAAGUAAUAAGUCAAAUGGGUUCACGAUAAAUUGUGCUUAGUACUGUGUAUUUUAAAUCAGCCAACGCCUGUAUCAGAAGUGUUUGUGCACCAUGUUCCACAAGGCCAUGAUAUAUUUUGUGGGUUUUUCCUUUUAUCUCCAAGGUAAAUAGAAUAAGAAAGCGGUAAACAGACUUCAAUCUUGCAUGGUCUACUUAUUUUAUUUUUUACUGGAAUCCCUGGAAUCCAUCCAUGUGCUCUAAAUAUACAAGAGCAAAUAUACCAAGGCAUUCUUUACAGUUAAGAAAUAAAUAAUAUGCCUCAGUUUUCUCCAGACAUUAUUACAAAUAUAUCCAGUGUUAGAGAUGCAGCAGCUUGUAGCCUCCCCUUAGAGUAUCCAAAUUAGUUUUGCCCUUUGGGAGAAGAGAAAUAAAAUAAAGCAAAAGUUGAAUAGCCAAAAACAUCAAUAUUGUAGUAAACAGAAGGAAGCUUUUAUUGUCUGGUCUUAGAACAGGAUGUAGCAGCAUCAUUAUGCUGAGAUGGAAGAAACUUUGUCCCUUUAGAGAAGAGAGCUUGGAAAAUAAACAUCCCUAUAAUGUGAUUGAAGAGUGGCAAUGACUUCUGAUAGUCUGUUACAUUAUAAUAAAAUUGAACUUUUCAGCAAUAUACCAUCAUACACAGUAAAUAUAGUAACUAAACAAAAUUAGCUAUACUGAACCUAUUUUUAUUUUUGUCCCACUCUUCUGUAACCAAUACAUCUAAACUUGAGCUAUACCAGUAUUUUCAUUUCUGUAAUUGGAAUCAGUGUCCAAAAGAUCCAUAGCUUUUGCUUCUGACCAUUCACUUUAAGCUUCAUGGACUUUUGAAAAUGGAAGGUUUGCAUUAACUGAAACAAGCUUCUCAAUUGUAUGUCAUAUUAGAUUUGUCGCUUCACUUUGUGUGUACUGUAUUUGAAAACACAUUCAACUUCCUUUCUUCUUCUUUUUAACAUUCAAUUUCCUUCACCUCAUAUUGAACAGGGCUGCACAGCUUUGGCCCUCCAGCUGCUGUUGGAUUACAACUCCCAUCAUCCCCAGCCACAGUGACCAAUAGUCAGGGAUGAUGGGAGUUGUCCAAUAACAGCUGGAGGGCGAAAGUUGUGUAGUCCUGAUGCAGAAGAUAGAGGGAAUCUAAAGUAGGUGAGGUGGGCAAGCUGUCUUUAGCUCACGUCACAUUGCUUUGGAAAUAAACUGAAUUGCUUCUCAAAAAAUUGAUCUACCAGCUAGAAAGCUCCAACCCACCUACCACCCCCUUUUCCCUAAUCCCCAAACCACUCCUUUUUACUCCACUUACUGGGGUGGUGGUGGCAUGCCCCAGAGCAGUGUUCCUUCUAAGAGGGAUUCCCAGAUGUUGACUAGGUAAAGUGUGCCAUCAAGUUGAUUUUGACUCCUGGCACCCACAGAGCCCUGUGGUUUUCUUUGGUAGAAUACAGGAGGGGUUUACCAUUGCCUCCUCCCAUGCAGUGUGAGAUGAUGCCUUUCAGCAUCUUCCUAUAUCACUCCUGCCCGAUAUAGUACCAGCGGGAAUUCGAACUGGCAACCUUCUGCUUUUUAGUCAAGCAUUUCUGCACUGCGCCACUUACUACAACACCCAUAAUCCUCAAGCAAAGGUCAUUGCAGUUGGGGAUGCUGGAAGUUGUAGUCAACAACAUCUGGGAAUCCCUCUUAGGGGGAAUACUGCCCCAGAGUGAAGGGAAGGCGGAAUUGCUCUCUUCCCUCCCCUAGAGGGGAAUUCUUCUCCAGGUCAUAUUAAAAUCCAAGUUGCAGAACAAUUCAGGGGUCAUAAUUCUUGUCUCAUAGUUGAAGCAAGUAUGAGCCACCAGAGGCUCAUGUUUCCAGGCCUAGAAAUAACGAGCUCGGUAACAUCACCAGCAAAAAGCAGGAGUAGUUGCACAAAGUCCUUGCCACCAUGUUGUAAGAACACAGACCCCCAGAUUGGGCCAAAUAUAGCUUGAGAUGUUUUGUAUUCUACAACAGCUAAACAAAGUAAGUUUCCAGUUGCAAGCCCAGUCAUGUAUACUUGCUCUAUGAGUCAGAACAUUGGUCCAUCUAGGUCAAUAUUGUCUACACUGGCUGGCACUGAUUUUCCAGAGUUUCAGAUGGGUCUUUCCCAGCCCUACCUGGAAAUGCCAAGAACCUUCUGCAUGCAAAGCAGAUGCUCUACCACUGAGCUAUAGCCACUCAAACAUAGUAGUGAUGCUGUAACAAAUAAUAUUAUUACCUCUAAGAUCUGAAAUAUUUACAGCAGUUUGGAAUGUAAAUUUAUUUGAAAACACUUUAAGUGUUUCACUCAUUCUCAUAUUUCAUAUGAGGGUUUUCAUCAGAUUUCCCCCAUUCUUUCCAUGUAAUGCUUUAGAAGGAAAACAGGGAGGAAAACUAACAUGUUCCCUUGCAUUCCUAUCCCCCUUCCCGUAGGCCCUUGUGUUUACUCAGGCAUUAUCUUCUCUCCUGUAUAACAAUCUUUUGGACAUUCGGGAUGAGUUUGCAGGCAGUAAGUUAUGUUGUUAUAAAAGGUGUCCAUCCUGGGCAAGGCAGAUGAUCUCUCAAUCUGAAUUUGGAACUGGAUUCAUUCACUUAAUUUGUUUCUGUAUUCCAAAGCUGGUAGUUCCUCUGUAUAAGCUGAAUAGUUUGAAUUCAUGGGCACUUUCUCCCCUAGGAUAAUAAAAAAUAAAAAAUACCAUGCAACAUGUUAUACAGUGCAUCAAUAUUUGCAAGAACCUUAAUAUGGACUGUGAUUCAGAGGGGGCAUUGAACUCUUCUAUUUUCUUCUAGGGAAAUGCUCCAUGGAGCCCACACAACUGAACAAGCUGAGUUCAAAAAGCUUUUUAAAGGGAAACUAUUUUAAAAUAGCAUGAAUGCAAUGGUGCUAUAUCUCCUUUAAAAAGCUGUUGUGCCAAGUCAUUUUUUUUAAAGUUGGGAACAUUUUUCAAAGAAAAUUAGCAGGGCUCUCUGGUCUUUUCUGGAAGAAAAUUCACUGCAGAUUUUAUGCACACCUCCCUUUAGAUUGUGGCUAAUAUUUAUAGUAAAUCCAUCUUGUUGAUCAUGAUGCCCCAUGGCUUCAUACUCAUGAGAUUGCACCAUUCUGCAUUAGUCAAACACAACUCACUGUGGCAAGGAGGCCCACAAACUAGUAGUACAAAAUAGUGUUUGGACAUGUUUCCCAUAAAUGACUUUGAAGUAUUUUACUCUGAACUAUGUUUUGUUUAUGUUUGUUUUCCUUUUUUAAGUCUCUUCCAGUUCUCCCCAACACUCUUUAUAGAAAUGCUGAACUCUCCUAACCACUGGAGAGCAAUUAUGUCUUAGGAUGGAACUGGAUGUAUAAUCAUUAGUUAUCUACAGACACCCAGCAGUUGACUACCCCAUGCUCUUGACCCAUGCCUUGGAUGUGCUUGGGGAAAAGCAAGUACCCCAAACAAAGAUUUGUAUGUCAUUGGCUUGAAUUCUUCCAUAAUUUUUCUGUAUUACUGUUAGUGUUCUGAAUAUACAAACAUCCCAGAACAUAAUGCUUAGGCCAUCAUUCUCUGAUCACAGCCUAUGAAAUAAAUUCUAUGAAGAGAGAAUUUUUCCCUACCUGUCAGUAGCAUAGCAGACACAUCUAGAAACAUCUUCUGGAAUCCUCGCUUGUGCACAUUCUGAGUAGGUCUGCAGGCUAUUUGCAAGAGAACUGAAAAGCAGAACAAGGACUACAAUGAAAGUACUUUAGUUAUGAAAGAAAUAUUGCACCAGCUACACUAAGUUGUAUAUCUGGAUGUAAUAGUGGAAUAUUCAUUUAUCUAGACUUAACCUCAGUGUAAAGUUUCCACGGUUCUAGAUCUCAUGUGAAGAAGUUUAACUCCUGGAUAGGUUUGGUAUAUUCUGAAACUGGCAGAUCCAAUAAACUAGUUUAAGUCUGAAUUCCUAACAAUUAAACAGUAUUCUGCUGGCAGGAGUGACAUCUGUCAUUCAGAAAAUCCACACGUCAUUAUUCCAUUUUUUAAAAAAUCCAUUGUUGUAUACUUCCAUAGUAUUUAUUUGUGCCCUAGGGUCAGCUUGCUGUUUCUUUCUGCCUACAGGCAAAAUCUCUUCCCUAUCCUGUAAGAGUUCAGUGAGCAAUUGUGAUUCUGCUUUUGGGUGAUGGACAUUCCUGUGCUUCACUGACUGUCUUAGCUUCUCUCCUAUGUGUAAGUCUUGCCCAGUGAAAAAUGUACUUCCAAGUAAUAGAAAUACUUAAUAUUUUGGGUUCUUUUCUAGAUGAUCAAAGCACUUUACUUUAUCUCAGUGACCUCUAUGGCAUCUCUUAAAGUAGGCCAGUAGGAUUACAACCAAAGUACAGGUGGGAUAUGAUGGCUAAGAGACAGUGGCUUGUGUAAGACACCCACUUAUGGAACUGACAUCUUAUUUUGUUUUUAAAUCAAUAUAUGCUGAUUAUUUCAUUUACAUUAAUCAGUGCAAACCACAUUGUGUAGGUGCUGUUGUUUUGUUUUAACUGGUGUAACCAAAAUGAGUACAUCAACGUUAUAUUUCAUACCACUUAAAUGUAAUCUAAUUUGCACUUCCAUUGAAGUUACUGCAAUAUCCUAUGUGAGGCCCCGAAGGGCACCUUGAAGCAUCAUUUCCAAAGGUUUCAAUUGUUUGUUCUCUUGAAUACAGCCCUUUGUCAACCUUUUGCUUUAUUUCCUUACCUGUGGCCUUACCUGUACUAUUUAGUGUAUAGAUAUUUUUUCACAGAUAGUCCUUGGGUUCCUUCCCCCCACCCCACCCCACUUCUCUUAAACCAACCAUUUACCACAUAUUCUGGUUCACCCUCGCUUCUGUUCAUCCUUCUUCUCCAGCAUCUUUAACUCAAGUUCUUGUUCAAGACUUGCCUAUCAAGCAAUUGUUUGUUUGGAGAAAAACUGAGGGCGUAAGAGGGGAAAUUGCUUUAUAUUGCUUUAUCAGCACUGCAUUUUUUUUGUCUGUUUAUAAAGAUGCUUGUUUAUAACUUGACUUUCCCCUGAAGAUAAAUUUCUUGCUAAGUGAGCUUGGCAAUAGCUAGUUUCUGCAGUGUACAGUGCUGGCUCACUGUUGCAGGCACUUUACUAAUGAACAGUGUUUACUCCUGUACACAUACCUGCUGACUGAAGUAAGACUGAGUAAGUGUAUUAUUUUUCCUCAGUAGUAGCUCAAUGGGACAUCUUUAGUUAUUCAAAUAAAAUCUUAAUGCCUCAACAGCAGUCCAUCAGGAGGCCUGCCUGUAAGGUUUCCACAAAGAGUUCUUCUUGUCACAUUAAUGAAACGUUUGUUAGUUCAAGGGCCCGAAGCAUUUGAUCAAAAACUGAAGGAUAAUAUUUGUGGCCUGGAAAGACUAGGGCUUUGCCCCGCUUUGAUCUGGCCUAUGAAGGUGUGCCAAGCACCCCUUUUGCACCACCUGAGGUACGAAGGAGAGACCAGUUUGGCACCUUUUCUCACAAAUUCAGUAUCACUGUGUGAAAGCAAAUCACUAAAAUACAAUCUCUAAUUCUUUAACAAGCUGUUCACACAGUCCCAGGAUGUGGUCUUACCAUUGUUGUAGUCUGUAUAAUCUCCACAGGAAAUAAACAUCCCUCUGCAAGCUUACUCGGAAGUUAAGCUUGUAUAUCUGGCUGAGAUGUUUUUUGCCUGUAUAUGAUUCUUGGAAAAUACCUCAUCUCUACCUCAUUGCUGCUACUAUUAGUAUUCAGGAGUGGAGUUGAACACUUAAUUAGUCAUCAAUGCUUUUUAACAUCUACAUUAAAUCACUGGAUGGGGUCAUCAUGGGAUUCUGUGCUGGGUGUUAUCAAUAUGCUGAUGGUACCCAAACUUAUCUCUCCAUGUGUCCAUUAACAGGAAAUGGCAUUAUCUCCCUACAUGCCAGCCUACAUGCAGUAAUGGGCUGGAUGAGGGAUAAUACAUUGAAGUAACUGAAUCCAAGCAAGACUGAGGUACUCAUUGUGUAAGGUUUUAGUAUGGAGGAUGGGAUAGAAUCUCCUGUUCUGGAUGGGGUUAUACUCCCCCAGGGAAAAAAACAGGUAUGUAGUUAGGGAGUGUUCUUGGUUCCUAGUCUCACCCUGGAGUCUCAAGUUGAGGCUGUGGCCAAGAGUGCUUUUCAAUCAGCUUCAGCUGAUAUGACAGCUCCACCUAUUCCUUGAAGAGAAUGACCUCAAAACAGUGGUGCACCAGCUGGUAACUUCCAGGCUGGACUACUGCAAUUUGCCCUGUGUAGGGCUGCCUUUGUACGUUGUUUGGAAGCUUGUUAGUCCAAAAUGCAGCAGCCAGAUAGGUUUCCUGGGAGAGAUCACAUUAUGCCUGUUCUUAAACAGUUGCACUGGCUGCCAGUAUGUUUCCGGGUAAAAUAUAAAGUGCUGGUUAUCACCUUUAAAACCCUGAAUGGCUUAGGCUGGGGUUACCUGGGAGAGUGCCUUUCUCUGCAAGAUUCCCACCUCUCAUUAAGAUCAUCAGGAGAGGUCAGUCUUCAGGCGCCACCAGUUCAUCUGGUGGCAACCUGGGAUUGGGCCUUCUCAGUUAUUGCCCCUAUGUUGUGGAACACACUCCCCAAGGAUAUAAGAGGCCUAUCAUCUUGGGAGGCCUUUAAGAAAGCCCAGAAGACCCACCUUUUCUGCCUGGCUUUUAAUCAUAUUUAAAUGGUUUUUAAAUGAGAUUUAUGUUAAUAUAUUUUAACUGCGUUAAUUUUAUGUGUUGAUAUUUUAAAUGGUUUGUCUCUUUAAUGUAAAUUGUCCUGAGCUGCUUUAGGAUGGGUGGUAUACAAAUGAAAUAGAUAAAGAAAUCAGAACAUGAUGGUGCUGGGAGUAGAGCAGUUGGAGUUCCUAUUUUUUGCCAGUAACCAGGAAGGAGACUUACUGUACCCAAGGCAACUCAUUUUGAGCAGGGAAAUCUAUAUUGUUUAUAGCUCAAUGUAUGUGUUUAUAGAAGUAAAGUUUCUCUAUCUUUGGCUAUUUGAAUUAUUUUAUUUUAGUUGUGUGUUAUAUUGAUUUGCUGCUGGGAAAGUUGUUUGCUAGUUAAGUCCUUUUUGGUUUACUGCCUUGCUUGGGUAGUUUUGAAUAUUUGUCUGAUAGAUUAUGAAAGUGUACACAGGAAAAUACAAAAAUUAUUUGAGGAAGAGUAACAAUAUCAUCAUGGGCUGUCAUUCUUCCCUAUGUGAGAAUCUUACUUGUUUCCUCUACUAAUAAGAAUGUACAUAUACUUAUGAAGACUUGCGAUUGUAACUUUUGAACAAGUAACUCUAUGUAACAAAACUUUCCUGUUUCUGAACUUCUCUAAAUUGUUUAGAUGCUUAACUUAUAUAAGCUGUACUUUUAUAAUGUUUUUUCUGAAUUUCUCCUUCCAUUAAAAGCUAUAUUUCCUCCCUU